GGCCGACGUUCCGAAUACAAGAUUACUAAUGCCCAUGAAUGAUGGCUGUCAAUGACGGCUCCGCUGUCCAUCCAAUUCUAUUCUCCAUUCUCUAUUUGCCAUCUCGCUUUUGCGAUCUCUCUUGACAUACCCUAUACAGGUUGGAACGCUACUGCUCUAGGUCAUUGAGCUAUCUAGAUUGCGACACUGCUGAAAUAGCAAGAUAUCAGAUAAUCAGCUUUGAUCGGGGUACUUCGGGCACUCGGCUUACCUCACUUUUCAUUGCCAUAAUUUGCCAUUCCAUUGCCUUUCUUUUCAGAACCAGUAAUCUUCAUCCCCCAAACCACCCGCAAACCGGUAUGACCCGCCUGCCCAUGACCGCAGAAUAGCAACUGCUUGGUUGAGAAACCAUGCAAAAUCCAACUCCCGGAUUUGGGACCGCUCAGGAUAGGCGCUUUGUGCCAAAGAGCGCAGCACCCAAUAUCAAGGGCCAUGAGCCUCUUCCCCGAAGGCGCAAUGCACUGACGUGCGAUAUGUGCCACAAGAAGAAGACAAAAUGCGAACUCGAAGGAUCCAAUACUGUCUGUAUACAAUGUAUGCGCCGUAACACGAGAUGCAACUAUACCACAAAAAGGGAGAAACGAGAGAAUAUCAAGAGAUCGCAGUACGUAAAAGAACUGGAAGAACGCGUGAGAAGGACCGAGUCAUUGCUCAAAGCAGCUGGACUUCUAGACGAGGAGAGUGCCGGACAGGGCGAAUUCGUUGACGGUGAGGGGGAUCAGCCAGACAGCGACAGCGAACGUGAUAAUGGCCGCGGGCAUGAGGAUUCGGAAACGGCAGAUUGGGGUGUCAUAACAGAUAGUCAACCGCGUCGUCAUUUGUUGGCGGGCCAGAAGUCAGGCUCUAUGACAGGCAACCUUGAUCGAAGCUCGUGCCCUCCACUCGGGCCAAAGCGUCCAUCCACAAAUCGUGAACGCAGACACUCAGCUACUGGCUGUAGUGACCUCCAACAUGUUCCGGUUCUCAGGGCAGAUGAUAGGGAGGAGUCUCGAUACUAUGGACGAUCUUCAUUCAUGUCCAUUCUAUCGCGACAAGGGAUAGAAUGGAUCAAAGAAAAAACUGGUGACGUCAAAUUUCUCAACUGUUUGACCACCGAUUCGGAUAAGGAUAGCCCUUGGGAUUACUGGCGGCCAGAUGUGUUCCACGAUCUGUUUGCUUCGCAAGUUUUCAAACCUCUUCCGUCAAGAUCAGAAGUGUUUUCGUUAAUGAAGGACUACUUUCGUACUUUGAACCGUUUAUUCCCGCUCUACCAUGAGGAAUCAUUCAUGCGCCUGGUCGAAUGGCAGUACACACAACAAACAUGUGACGAUGCCGCUCGCUGGGCGAGCAUCAACAUCAUCCUCUCCUUGGCUUACGAAUAUCGCUUUUCCAACAGUCUGAAACCCGAAAGGGAUAAAGAGAAAGCCUGGAUGUACUUCAAAAACGCCAUGUCGGUUUUCGUGGAGUUGACUCUCCGACGAACUGAUCUGUUGAGUAUACAGGCGCUGUUGGGUAUGGCGCUUUUUCUUCGAGGCAACUCGGGUACGCAGUCAGCGUUGCCAAUUAUCACGGCAGCUAUGAGAUCUUGUCAUCGGAUGGGGCUUCAUAGGGAUCUUCCGAGACCCCACUUCUCGCCUGUUGAACAAGAGCAAAGGAAGAGGGUUUUCUGGAUUGCGUAUAUCCUUGACCAAAGCACAUGCGUCCGGUCAGGAAGCGCACCAACCCAACACGUCGAUGACUUUGACGUAGACCUUCCUUCCGAAGAAGACGACGACCACCCGGUAGACAAUUUCCAGUCCUUCUUCCGCCAACUCUGCCGCCUAACAGUCAUAAAAGGCCGCAUCUGCUGCAAACUCAACUGCACCAAAGCCCUAGACAACCGCUCCGUCGGCGAAAUCUUCCAAAUCAUCGACGAACUGAAUACUGAGCUCGAAGAGUGGAAAAGGAAUGGCAUCUUCGACCUCCAGUUGAAAAUGAAGCCGGCGGGUGAGGACUUUCUGUUCGGGUUUGCGACGGCUGGUAUUCGACUUGUUUAUUAUAAUUUGUUAAUCAUGGUUCAUCGUAUCCCGCUGAUUGUCCAUUUUGUUCAUGCGCGUCAUAUCCCGCCGGAUAGACAAAAAGCCUCUGAUUUACGACUAAUCGCGAACCAAUCCGCCACAUCCGCAACAAUCUGCCUUCAAGCAGCCCGAGACACCCUAAAACUCGUGAACAGCCUACCAUGGGGCGACAUCGCCUGGAUAUGGUCCCUACUAUACUACGUCUUCCUCGCCGUGAUAACCAUCUUCGCACACGUAAUGGAAGACAGCCGCCACCCAAAGGCCAAAGAAGACGUCAAUCUGCUCAACAUUGCCUCCACAUUCCUGGGAACACUGAUCCCCGCCGAUGGCUCGUGCAAAUACGCACGGUUCAUGGCGCAGAUGAGUGCGAAUUUCGAACGGAUUGCGCGGGCGAAUAUUGAGAGGUUUGAGGGGGCAGGGGAGAGUUUGGAAUAUCGGACUUCUACGUCUGUAACUGCGUCGCCGGGACCGGGGCAUGCGCCUAGUAAUGAGUCGAGGAGUCCUUGCGCUUUGCAUCAUGCGCAGUGUCGAGAUUCAGGCUAUGUUACGUCGCCUGCGUCGAAUGUGAACGUGGCGAUGAAUAUUCCGCGGGUUGAUCUUGCUGCUAGCAGUCUUGCUGCCCCCGAUACCCAUAAUAACGGCUACCAUCAACCGUGUCAAGGAAUACCAGACGAAUUACCAAAUAGUAUCUGUUCAAAUUACACCACCACAAACAAUACACCCGCUGCCCCCGUCAACACCCAAUUCUACACGAACCCCGCCACCAACCUCUUCCCUACAAACCCCACCUCAGCACCAACAACCCAUACAAAAACACCAUCAACCGAAAACCUAUAUCCCUUCUCCAACCCGAAUACUGAUCAUAAUUCCUGCGCCACGCCCGCCGAUAGCUGCACAGGCACCGACACAGGGCCCUGCUUCGUCCCCCCGCCGCCGAAUUUAUGGCAGAUACCGCUUACAGCGGAUUGGGAGUUUAAUCAGUUCCUCAACGGUGUGCCGCCGGGUAUACUCCCCGGCCCUGGUACUGGCAUGGGUACGGAUACAGCCACCAAUGCAAAUGCAGGUUAUGCAUUCGAUCUAUCAACACCAGGGUUAGGAAUAAAUCCUGGUCCUGUCCCACAAUCCCCCAGUCCCAGUAUGGAUACCGGGAAUAUCAUGGACUACGACUACGGGACCCAACCUCAAGCUCAGAUGCAGAACCAAAAUAUGAACCAGAGCCAGGGUCAGCAGCAGCAUCAGCUUUGUCAGCAGUUUAUGGAUGCGCAAACGCCGGCGCAGGUUAUUGAUAAUGUGGUUUGGUUUGGGGGAUUUGCGGGUUUCUAAUCUCGGGUAAGGGAGAGUUGGAGUAGAAUGUACAGUAAUUCAAUGAGAACAUAGUAAUAAUGAAUAAAUAAAGUAAAUAUGGAAUAGAAUGGAUAUAUGACAAUCGGUAUAAACGGUAAAUAUAAACAGAAACAGAGAUGAAUG